AUGGCGUGGCCCGAUCCCAAGCAGUUCGCGGAGGAGGCCAAGGGGGUCGGGAAGCUGCGCCACUGCCGCCUGGCCAACCUGAUCGGCUACUGCUGCGACGGGGACGAGCGGCUGCUCGUCGCCGAGUUCAUGCCCAACGACACGCUCGCCAAGCACCUCUUCCACUGGGAAAACCAGACAAUUGAAUGGGCUAUGCGCCUGAGAGUUGCAUACUACAUCGCUGAAGCACUGGAGUAUUGUAGCACUGAGGGAAGGCCUUUGUAUCAUGACCUCAAUGCUUAUAGGGUCCUCUUUGAUGAGAAUGGUGAUCCUCGUCUUUCAUGCUUUGGCCUGAUGAAAAACAGCAGGGACGGGAAAAGUUAUAGCACAAAUCUUGCAUAUACACCUCCGGAAUAUUUGAGAAAUGGAAGGGUAACAUCAGAAAGUGUCAUAUUCAGUUUUGGCACUAUACUGCUGGACCUCCUAAGUGGAAAGCGUAUACCUCCUUCCCGUGCUCUUGAUAUGAUAAAAGGCAACAAUAUCCAAGUACUGAUGGAUUCACAUUUGGAGGGAAACUACUCAACAGAUGAGGCAACCACAUUGGUUGACCUUGCCUCUCAGUGCUUACAGUAUGAACCUAGGGAUCGGUCCAACACUAAAAAGCUGGUUUCCGUACUUGAGCCCUUGCAAAUAAAAUCAGAGGUACCAUCCUAUGAGAUGCUUGGCAUUCCAAAGUAUGAAGAAGAAGCACCUCCCCCUCCACAACCACAACACCCUCUUUCUCCCAUGGGUGAAGCCUGUUCUAGGAUGGAUUUGACAGCUAUCCAUCAGAUUCUAGUGAAUACACAUUACAGGGAUGAUGAAGGGAGUAAUGAGCUAUCGUUCCAGGAAUGGACACAGCAGAUGAGGGACAUGUUGGAAGCUAGGAAACGUGGAGACUUUGCUUUUCGUGAUAAAGAUUUCAAGGCAGCCAUAGAUUGCUACACACAGUUUGUUGAUGUGGGGACGAUGGUAUCACCAACAGUGUACGCAAGGCGGAGUUUGUGCCACCUCAUGUGCGACCAACCUGAUGCUGCCCUCCGCGACGCAAUGCAAGCACAAUGCGUGUACCCAGAUUGGCCAACUGCGUUCUACAUGCAAGCUGUUGCGCUCUCAAAGCUGAAUAUGCAGAGUGAUGCUACGGACAUGUUGAACGAGGCGUCGCAGCUCGAAGAGAAGCGGCAGAAGAACACAAAACCUUGA